UGCAGAAGAGCAACUCGCUUUUAUAGCAAGGAAAAUGGACCGGUUUACGUGGUCGAACGGGCUCUUAGAAAUCAACGAAACAUUAGUGAUUCAGCAAAGAGGUGUCAAGUUAUAUGAUGGAGAUGAGAAGGCUAAGCUGGAUGCUGGAGUAGUCUUGCUGAGCACUCAUCAGUUGAUUUGGAGGGACCUUAAGAAUCACGAAUGUUCCAUAGCCAUACCUUUAUCACAAAUCAUCUUCUUUGAGGAGCAAGGAGCAGGAAUAGGAAAAAGUGCAAAGAUAGUCAUCCACCUGCAUCCAGCACCUGCCAACAAGGAGCCAGGUCCUUACCAACAGAGCAAGUUCUCAUACAUAAAAUUGUCCUUCAAAGAACAUGGGCAGAUUGAGUUCUACAGGAGGCUGACAGAGGAGAUGACACAGAAGAGAUGGGAGAGUACUCCAGUGUCACAGCCUAUCCCCACAGGAACAGGGUCUCAGACCGGAAGGACACGUGCUGUGGGUAUCGUUGGCAUUGAAAGAAAGAUAGAGGAGAAGAGGAAAGAAAUGGACAAAAACAUCUCUGAGGCCUUCGAGGAUCUCAGUAAGCUGAUGGUGAAGGCCAAAGAGAUGGUGGAGCUGUCCAGAUCCAUUGCUAACAAGAUAAAAGACAAACAGGGGGACAUCACAGAGGAUGAGACGAUCCGGUUUAAAUCCUAUUUAUUGAGCAUGGGUAUUGCCAACCCCGUGACGAGAGAAACCCACGGCUCUGGUACACACUAUCACAUGCAGCUGGCGAGACAGCUGGGAGACAUGCUACAGGCCCCACUGGAGGAGCGAGGCGGCAUGAUGGCUCUGACUGAAGUCUACUGCCUGGUUAACCGAGCUAGAGGGAUGGAGCUGUUGUCUCCAGAGGAUCUGGUGAACGCAUGCAAGAUGUUUGAGUCACUCAAGCUGCCGUUAAGGUUGCGUGUGUUUGACAGCGGCGUGAUGGUGGUCCAGCUGCAGUCUCACAGCGAAGAGGAAAUGAUAGCCUCAGCGCUGGACAAUGUGUCAGACAAAGGCUCGCUGACGGCGGAGGAGUUUGCAAAACUGCUGGGUCUGUCAGUUCUGCUGUCUAAAGAGAGGUUGCUGCUGGCAGAGAAAAUGGGUCAUUUGUGUCGAGAUGACUCGGUCGAGGGUUUGAGGUUCUACCCCAACCUCUUUUGACCCAUUUUGCACCUACUAUGGCAGAGACAAGCAUGGCGUCCAUGUUUCUCCACUCACAGACGUAAUGUGGUGGACUGACGGACUGAGGCAGAGUUCCUACUUUCAUCUACUUGAGUGGUGCAGCAGCACGCCAGCUGUAUUUACACAAAAUAAUGUAGUUACUUAAUGUCGUUUCCAGUGGCCUGGAAACAGUUUUGAUAACUUAACUGAUUGAAAUGUGGUUGUCCUGUCUGAGCGGUGUAACCCGUGCAUUCUGCCUUGCUCUUAAAGACAUUGGGUUCUGUCUUUUACCAAGUCUCUUAUGCAGAUACCUUUCCAAAGAUUCUUCAGCAUACUUCGUGAUGACUGUGCACAUCAUCAGAGAGGUUUUUCAUAGAAAAUUUCCCAGCAUUAUGCAGGUUUUCCAUGCAAGUUUUUUUUUCUACUUCCACAGCCUGACAGAAUGUCUUUACGUAUGUGAAGUGGUAAAUGGUUUCAUGAAAAAAAUGGCUUCAUGGGAUGGCUUUCACUCCGCUCAAAUUUUGCACUUCAUCAAUAAUGUGUCCUCAUGCUUGAGGAUGGUACGGUUACCACCAGUACUCUUCUGUAUUGUGGGGGAGAGGGUCACAUGUAUGAAAAAUACAAAUUGUUCUUUUUUUGUCUCAAAGGGAAAUAAAAGAAUAUCAAAUUAGUCAA